CACAAGUGUGGUGCAGCCUACGUCUCAAGAGUGCACCUGAACCUCAGCGGGUUUAUUUUUUUUUAAGUAGAGGCCACCCACCACCCCUUCUCAGCUGGACCUCCGCACAUUCAUGUUCAAUGUAACGUUCUAAAGAGUGACAACGGGAAAAGAAAAACCACAAGGACCAAGAGUAUCAUCUGCAACGGACCAUGGCAUCCAACAGCAUAUUCGAUUCAUUUACAACCUAUUCACCGACCUACUUGCGGGAUCCCAGCACUAGCAGGCGCUUCACUCCUCCGUCCACCACGCUGACACCCAGCUCGGGGAAGAUGAGCGAACCGGUCUCACUGACUCAGCCCAACCCUGCAGGGCUGUCCCGGAUCCGGCCCGAGACCCGCACGGUGGUCGAUGUCCUGCAGGAUCACGCUGGCGAACUGGUCCGGACGGACAGCCCCAACUUCCUGUGCUCGGUGCUUCCUUCACACUGGAGAUGUAACAAAACUCUGCCUGUGGCAUUUAAGGUGGUGGCUCUGGGAGAUGUUCCCGAUGGAACCUUGGUCACAGUGAUGGCUGGAAACGACGAGAACUACUCGGCGGAGCUUCGGAACGCGUCGGCUGUUAUGAAGAACACAGUGGCCCGAUUCAAUGACCUCAGAUUUGUGGGAAGAAGCGGACGAGGUAAAAGCUUCACACUGACAAUCACUGUAUUCACCAGCCCUCCUCAAGUUGCCACCUACCACAGAGCCAUUAAAGUUACUGUGGACGGACCUAGAGAGCCUCGCAGACACAGACAAAAGCUUGAAGACCAAACAAAGCCGAGCACACUUUUCUCAGAUCGCCUAAGUGAGCUGGAGCGUUAUCGUCAGACAGCGAUGAGGGUUGGCCCUUCAGCACCUAGCCCCCGCCCUCUUGGUGUGCCCAGCCACUUCAGCCCACAAACCCAAACACAGAUGCAGAGUACUUCUGACAUCAGCCCGUUUGCAGACCCUCGCCAAUUUGAGCGUCAGUUUCCUGGACUAUCCUCGCUUACAGAAUCUCGUUUUUCAGAUCCACGUAUGAACUACCCUGGCGCUAUGUCUGCUGCUGCCUUCACUUACUCCAGCACUCCGUCCACAGGGGGCAUUGGGGGCAUUAGCAUGACAGGCAUGGCAGCCACAGCCCGAUAUCAUACCUACCUGCCACCACCUUAUCCUGGGUCAGCCCAGAACCAAAGUGGACCCUUUCAAACGAGUGUCUCACCAUAUCAUCUCUACUAUGGCGCCUCUGCUGGAUCAUACCAAUUUUCCAUGGUUGCAGGAGGAGACCGCUCACCGACCAGAAUGCUGUCUUCUUGCACCAGCGCAUCGAGCGGUAGCACACUCAUGAAUCCCAACCUGGCCAAUCAAAAUGAUGUCGUGGAUGCUGAUGGCAGCCAAAGUAAUUCUCCAACCGCUAUGACCACCACAGGACGAAUGGACGAGUCGGUCUGGAGGCCUUAUUAGAAAGCCAAAGAUGAGUGAGCGGCAGGAAUUGUUUAAAGAUUAAAGAAUCUUUCUGUGAACAUUAAAUCAUUCUAGCUGUAGUUGAGAGAAUAGUGGAAAGAAAAUAUCCUAAUAUCUCCAUGUACACAGUAUGAUUUUUGGCUAAAGGUACUGACUGUAUAUACAAUCAAAUGGUGAGCUUAUGGUGGAAAAUAAUGGUUUACUUUAUUGUGACCAAGUACCCACCAAGUCAAAUUAACUUCCAACCAAAGAUAAUGACCAUCAUAUUUCACAAAUAACAAAGAGGUUGACAUAGGUUGGAUAUAUUUGACAUUUUAGCCUCUCACAACAAUCAUUUGUUGGUGAGUUGCAGUUACGUAAUUGUAAUUGACCAUGUGGAUACUGGAUUGUUUUCUGCUAAUGCUGGGACCAUACAUAGUGUUUCGGCACUUGAGCUUUUUAACUGAAUUGAAGUGACAGUACCCUCUCUUAAUCUGCACAGAAUUUCUGCAGCUAUUGAAAAUAAAAUAGGCCUCUUUUAACAGACUACUGUGUAAAGACUAGAAGAAUCUUGUAGUCGUGCCUCUGCUUUUAUCAUUAGAACAUUGUGUAUUUUAUCAGCGGUACAAACAAGCCAUGUUGAAGUUCUCAUGGAGACCAAAAACAGAAAAAAAGGGGCCACAGACAUUAUCUAGUAACUGUUGAGUAAACUUUGGAAAAUUGUGUUAAGAUGCUGUUGUCUACAUUACUUUUUACAGAUGAGGUAGUGGUGCACAAGCCUCUUGAUUUUUAAAAGCAUUAGACAUUGAUAUUCUAAAGUUACCUAAACAUGGGGACUUCAGUUUUAGGUCUCCGAGUGAUGAUUGAGGACCAAAUCAAAAACCUAGGUCCCUAUUGAAAGUGUGCACUUAGAAAUGUUUCUGAAAAUCGGUAUAUUGUUUAGUAUUUGUCAAAGAAAUAUCUGGAUCAGUAAUUUUUGGAUAUUUAAAAAAAAACUACUUACAUUUUUGUCCCCAAUGGGCAGGGUUAUUUUCAUGAAAUAACUGUGGAUUUUGGUUUAUACUGCACUCCUUAGGGCAAGCUGCGUAUGCUGAUUUUGUUCAUACUUUUAACGUGAAGUACUGCAUACUAUUCUGUCAGAAUCUGUUUAUUUUAAUAUUUGAGUACAUCACCAAAAAUGAGCUGCAACUGUCUUUAUGUCCACAUCACAUGUACAAAGAGCAGAAUAUAGCUUUAUAUUUGCCACUAAAUCGACAGAAACUAGAUACAUGCUCCAAUGGAUUCAGGAUUAGUUUGAAUUAGUAUCGAAUCAAUUAGUCACUCUUGUGAGCUGCAACUUAAAAUGCGCAGAGACACACAGUGCUACUGAUCAGCUUGCCGAGUUCUUUAACUAUUUGGUGGAUUUGUGAUAAGUGCUCCUAUGGAUCUAACAAGGUGACAAUUUGAUGGCAUAUUUCUUGAGAAUGUUCCUGUACUAUACAAGUCUUGCAUGAAUAAUGUGCAUGUAUAGUAUAUAUUCCGAAACCAGUUACAAUGAAGCUUUCAGCUAAUAACCCAUACUUUACACUUUGCACCUUUCAACAAAAAAUUAAUUGACAAAACGUAAGUACCUGUUUUUCAAGUAAUGGUGUAAUUUUGUGGUGAGUUCAUCAGGUUUUAAUUGUUUACAUAAAAAUGUAAGGCAAAGCAUCACUAUACAUUCAGGGAAGAGUAACACUUCUGGUUAAGAUGAUUUUUAACAAAAUGAUUGAGUACAACCUUGGUUAUCCUAAAUAAUCCUUAUUGAACCAACCAAUAAAUAGCAAACCUAGUGCCUAAAGAAGUCUGAGUUUCUGGAAGGCUGUCAUCAAAUGUACUGCUGUUAUUCUCCUUGCUGUAUUUCAAUUAUUUCAUAUAUCAAAGGACAUCCACCAUCUUUGUGUACUCUCAGUCCACAAUAUUGCACUUAACACAACACUUAGCAUACCACCGCAGCGGAAAAAUGCCUUCCAGUUUCUUUGUCAAUGAGUUAAGUUUCAUUGGGGUGGAGGUGUACAUGUAUCUAAACAGAGCAUUAAGGAUGAGUUUGUGAAGUGAAUAUCUUAAUAUGAAGUGACUAUCUAAAAUUUCCCUGUAAAAAACUGAUGCAUGCAUUAAUGUUUAAUUGGAAAUUACUUGUAAGUAGCCACUAGCAACCUUCCAAAUAUAUUUUAGCUUGUGUGUGCUUUUACUUGUGUUUUACUUUUACCAUCGAUAAUUCCAAUUGGUCUGUUCUGUCGGGUAUUAUUUGGAUAAUUAAUGUGAAUGAUUGGAAGUUUUGUUACACCUUGGUUUUGAAAUCAUCCAGUCACAGUUGGGGAAUUUUAAAUAAAUGAACAAAAACUUCAAAGGUAACUGCUUGAUUCUAAAUUCAUGAUUCUUCUCAAUUCAUUAUGAAGUUUGCACAUUAACAAUUAACAAGAUUUUCUUUAUGAAUGUCUGACGUAAAUGCCAUUAUAAACAAUGUUUAAAGGCAAUUAUAAUUUGCCAAUCUUUAAAUUUCUCAGUUCAAUUUCUUACUAGGAGACAGUAGUGUGUUUUUUAAUUCCUCAAGUACAUUUUAAUAUAGUCUGGUACAAAACAUGAAACUUUCACAAUUGCAGUAGCUUCCUGAACAUGGAAGUUCAGUUUACAAAAGGGAUUCAGACAAGACACAGAUGCCACUACAAAGUUUCUCAAACUAUUUAUUGCUAUGGGAUAUUGCUGCUUCAUGGAAAACAACCUAAACUGGGAUAUUUAGUACGGUGUAUAGAGCAGGGAAGAUCGUACUUAAGUAUGAGAAAUUUUAAAGGCUGAAGAUUAAACAGUAUCCCAUUGUUUCUCAUUCCAUGGGAUGGAUCUAGACUGGGACUACACUUGCAAAGGAUAUAUUUCAAACCAUAUGAAAGCUAUUCCGACAUCCAAGAUGUUAUUACAAGUUAAUAUGUUCAACCAUAGAUGUUACAUGGUUGACAUAAAGCAAUACAUUUUGAGCCAAUGGUUUGUAUUACAUACCCUUGGUAUAAAUAUAUUUAUUUUCCAUAAAGAAAAUUAACAUAUAACCUUAUUGAAUACAGCCCAGUAGCUUCAGAAAGUCCAUUGAAAACUUGUCUCUAAAAGAAAACAGUGCCAGCUUAACUUUUUCCAUCUUAUCUCUUUUAAGCAUAAAGUCUCCUUUGUAAUUUAUUUAUUAAGAGUGGGAGCUGGAAGCUGUCCACAUACAGACAUUUAUAUUUCUGUACAGAUGUAUCUUAUUUGGAUUAAGCAGUAGCACUUAUACAAGGGUGUCGGGUUACACGCUUUUAAGUUUGUGUCAGUGCAAAUUCCAUCCUAUUUAAUAAUUGAAUUUAUUUGUUUUUCAAAAGAUUAAUUAUCUGCCAAGCUGGGCUUUUUAAAAGAUUGGAAUAUUAUUUUUUUUCUUACUAGAGAAGUGACAAUUCUACGCUAAGCUGUGAGUUUAGGCUGCAGGCAGCAAUCUGGAAAACAAAGUACCAUAUCAAUUUGUUCAGAUGUAUCAAAUGUUGCAAACUUGAUCCUCACAAGGGCUUUCUAGUUAGCUGAAUACAGUGAGCCACAGUGGGGGGCAUGGGAUAAAAAAAAUCCUUGUUUAAUAUUGACAAAAAGCCCUCUGAGCCCUAAAGGAAAACCUGGUAGCCAAAGACAUGGCUAUUUAACAAACAGUCAAAUGAAUGUUAAAGCAGCUUCCCUUUUUGCUAUCCAUGUUCGGUGAUCAGUUUUGAUAAUUGCUAAUAGCUGCCUGGCCACAGUUUCUUGCAUCCAACUCCAACUCCUACCCUAUUGUGACUGGAAUUAUAAUAUGAUCAACCACAGAUCUGCAGAAACAUUUAGAUUAGAAGCUACAGGUCAGAUGUUCAGAUAUUGUCACUGGUCAUUGGUAUCUGGGACAUUUGGUGAACAUUGCAGUGUGUAUGGGAGGAACUGAGAAAUCAAAGCUUUCUUCAUCAUCCAGUUCCACCAGAGCAAGAUGGACAUCUCAUAGACCCUAGCACUGAAACCAAGCCAACAAAGUGGCAUGUGCACUAAUACAUCUUUAGAUUCCAAUCUGAGAUUCUAAUUUUUUGAUAUCCCUGCCUAGAACUUGUUACUAUCUUGAGUCAAAAGUAGAGAUCUCGUCCAAACUAUCCAUUUUGAGUUUGGCUCACAUUUUAGGCCUGAUUUCCAUAUUUAUGCCUACUAAGGCAGCUUCUAGGGGAGGAGAGGUAAUCAUGUAUAAUUAUGUGAUUCUUUUUAUAUAAAAAAAACUUUAUUUUUGGUCUAAGUUUCUGUGUUUGAAGAUAUCAGGCUAAAAGAAAUUGAGAAUUCAGUUCUGUAAGAUAGACAGUUUCCAUGUGUAAAUGUACAUUCUAUAAGCAUAACAAAUCAAUGAAAUGCUUGCGAUAUAUUACCAUAUGCAACUAAACUGCUGCCUGUUUUGUUUGAAAGUAUACAAGCCAACUCUGUCACUGUUAUGUGCUUUGGCUGUAUCAAAUAAUUGCUUUCUUCUAACAAUAAAAUGAAAAGAACUCUGCCUUUGAAACCGCUUUUGAUGGUUUGAUAUUGUAAAAUAACUUAAAACUAUGGUUGAAAUGGAAUUACUGUACUUAGAACUCCUGUAAACAUAGAUUAUAUUUGGUCAAGAAGUUUUUUCAUUUUGUUCUCCUGAUUAAUCACUGGAGUUAAGGCUUGUGCUUCAAUAAAAAUGGCCUUUUUUUUCUGAUGUAAUAA